CAGAGACAGAAAAGGAGACAGAGAAGGAGACAGAAGAGGAGACAGAGACAGAGAAGACGACAGAAGAGGAGACGAAGACAGAGAACGAGAGAGAAGAGGAGACAGAAGAGGAGACAGAGACAGAGAAGGAGACAGAAGAGGAGACAGAGAAGGAGACAGAGACAGAGAAGGAGACAGAAGAGGAGACAGAAGCAAAGACAGAGAAAUAGACAGAAGAGGACCAAAGAGAAGGAGACGAGGAGACAAACAAUUCAAGCUGAGCUGAUAAAGGAGGAGCAGAUAUGCAGAGGUGCAUCAUGGGAAUGUCUUAGGUCCAUAAAGACACAGACGUGAACACCUUUGUCCUCUAGUUCCAACUCCACCACAUCCACCCAGCAUGCUGGCCAAGUUAUCCCAGGGAAGGAGCUCUGCGGGUGGGGCAGGAGGGCUGCUGCUGCCCCCUGUGCUGCUGGGACUGAUGAUGAUGAUGAUGAUGAUGAUGAUGACGAUGAUGAUGAUGGCGGUGGAGACAGCGAGUGUCGAUGACGUCGAGAGCGAAGAGAGUCUGGAGAUCCUGGAUGAGGACGAGGCCGUGGACAUCCUGGAGCCGACGUCCUCGGACGCGUCCAGACUGUCUCCUUUCAGCUCCUGGCUGAUCUUCAGAAGAAACUCCAACAAGGGGGAGAACCGGAGAAUCAAAGGGUCGAGGAGAACGUCCAAGCACGGCCUACCUGGACCUCCAGGACCUCCUGGACCUCCUGGACCUCCAGGACCUCCAGGACCUCCUGGACCCCUUGGGCCUCUGGGCCCCACCGCCCCCCUCUUACCCCCACAACAGGAGCUGAAACAGAGAGACAUGGUGGGAGGAGCCAGCGUCCUGUGUGAUCGUCCCCGUGUCUCCGCCUCUUUCGUCAGUCAUCUCCUGCAGCCAAUCACCAUUCAACGCCGCAGUUUGCUGGAGCUGCAGCCAUUCAGCGAGCCCUCAGACUCUGGGCGGAGCCUCCAGAGAGGUCACAGCUUCAACAGCAGCAGCGGCAGAUACUUGGUCCACGUCUCUGGAUUCUACCAGCUCACCUGCAGCCUCCUGAUAGAGUCGGGUGACAGAGUUCAGCUUCGCCUCAGAGACAGUGUGAGAGCAUCGAUCUGCAUCGAGUCGUUGUGUCAAAGUAACAUCUCUAUAGAGUCGGUGAUGGGCGUGGCUGCUGCUGGAGGAACCUUCAGCAUCCUUCUGACAGGAACUCUUUAUCUUCAGGCUGGAGAGUACGUCUCCGUGUUUGUGGACAACGGCAGCAGUUCGUCCCUCAGCGUCCUGCAGGACUCUCUGUUCUCUGGGAUCCUGCUCGGAGUGUGAGACACCAACAGAUGACAUCCGUCAGCAGAGUGGAGCAGGGGAGGGCCAUUCAACAUCGUCCAGCUGUCUCUGAAUCCACAAAGCCCAGAGCAGGACCGGACAGGACGUUUGGAUCCAAGCUGGUGUCGGACAUCAAGACCUGAGACCUGCAGCAACACAACAGGAGCAGACCUCAUGUACACAACUUAGACCUGGUUCAACGCUCACACAUCUGAGGAGCACGGGACAAACCUUCUCCAUCACACUGAUUCACUUCCUGUCUGAAUCUUCAUUCACAAACACCAAGGACACAAAUUUCACCCCUUCAGCUUCACCCUGUCAGAAACAGCUCAUUUGGUUUUUGUCCAAAUUAACUUCUGUCGACAGUUUAAAAAUGUUUGUCCUUCAACCAGAGAAGAAGAAAUCCACACAUCCAUAGACCGACAGAAGUGCAUCUUUUAUUUAAAUGACAAUAUUCUAUAUUCAUGUUGAUAAUUCUUGUUAAAACAGUGACCUCUUUCCUUUCUUUAAUGGAAACCUCCCUUUCCUCAGACUUCCCAUUUCUGCAGCUCCUCUUUUCAGCCUCUGCUCUCGGUUGACCUGACGUAGGACUCUGCGAUCUGUGUGUUAGCUUAAUGAACGGCUAGUGGUCGGUCCACACAACACUUCCUGAUCUCGUCAUGUGACAUCAGGAAAGUGUGGAAGUGUGGGCAGGGCGACUGACCAGGCGUUAAACACUGAACAAACGUCUUGUUUAAAGACGUGAAGAUGAGGACUUCAUCAGCCUGAAACUCUUGUGUCUUACUUUGCUCUCGCUCUGAAAUAAAAAGCUGAAUGUGUAAAUGCC